GAUAUUUUGCUCCGCCUCCUCCGAUUCCUUCCCCUCCCACACUAGGAGCCCGAAAAGACCAGACUACCCCCCGCUCCCCCGGAAGUCAGAGUGGGGGACUGGGGAGAGGACGAUAGGAUAGCGCAUCGUCGUCGCACCUGUCGCCGGCGAGCCAGACCGGAGCGAAGCAGGCAGCGAUGGCGGUCGCGGAGCUGUGGGAGACGCUGAAGCAGGCGAUCGUGGCGUACACGGGGCUGUCCCCGGCGGCCUUCUUCACGGCCGUGGCGGUGGCGGCCGCGCUGUACCACGUCGUGUCGGGGCUCUUCGCGCCCCCGCCCCCGCCGCCGCCGCGCCCGCGGGAGGAGCCCGAGGCGGAGCCGCUCCCGCCGCCCGUGCAGAUGGGGGAGGUCUCAGAGGAGGAGCUCCGCAAGUACGACGGCUCCGACCCGAAGAAACCGCUCCUCAUGGCCAUCAAGGGCCAGAUCUACGACGUCACGCAGAGCAGGAUGUUCUAUGGACCUGGUGGACCUUAUGCUCUAUUCGCCGGUAAAGACGCCAGCAGAGCCCUAGCCAAGAUGUCCUUCGAGCCACAGGAUUUGACCGGCGACAUCUCUGGCCUUGGUCCCUUUGAGCUGGACGCCCUGCAGGACUGGGAAUACAAGUUCAUGAGCAAGUAUGUGAAGGUCGGUACUGUCAAGAAGACCGUCCCUGGUGAAGAGGGCAACACCGCAAGCUCAGCUGCUGAAACCAGUGAGACCGCUGCUGAGGCACCAGCAACCGAAGAGAAGCCGAGGGAGGUAGCUGCGGAGGAGGUGAAGGAGAAGGAAGCUGCUCCUGUCGAAGGAGCCAAGGAAAGCUAGAGCGUUUCAGAGCUCCCUGCAUAUGCUGCAAUAAAUGGACAUGUUGGAUGUCAGGGCCCUGCCGUCCUCUUGUCAGUGACAUAGGCUGUGUAAUCUGGAUAUGUGAUCUGUACCAGCUCCAUGGCCCUGGAGGUGCUGGUGAUUUAUAUUAUAGUCGGUCAUUGGGAAUUUGGAGUACAAAGACAUCCGGCUGUGCACCCCCUACCUCUGUUAAUGUAGUAAUGUACUCAAUCGUGUCGUGGAUAAUAGGCGCUCUUGUAAGAUAGUUUCAUGCGCUGCAUUUUCUUUCCCCCAUACAAAGCAGAGAAGCAGCAUCCAUGAUAUGGGUUGGAAUGCAAAAACUUGUGAUA